GUGACACAUGUAAUAAUAAUGUUGCUUGGUUAUGUUUUUCAGAUUUCAAAGGCCACUGUGUCAGAAAGGCUGUCAGAUUCCCCUUGUGCUCUAGUAGCAGGCAUGUUUGGUUGGACUGGCAAUAUGGAAAGGCUAGCAAUAUCCAAUGCUCACCAGAAAUCUGAUGACCCACAGAGAAGUUACUAUCUGAACCAGAAGAAAACUCUGGAGAUUAACCCAAGACAUCCUCUCAUUAAGGAGCUUCUCAGAAGGGUGGAGGAUGAUCCAAGUGAUUCUGCUGCAAAGGAUAUAGCCCUUAUGAUGUUUCGAACAGCUACUUUACGUUCAGGCUUUAUGCUAAGGGAUACAGCAGAUUUUGCAGAGAGUGUUGAACUCAUGAUGAAGAAAACUUUGGGCAUUCCAUUGGAAGAGCAGGUAAGCCAAAAUACAUGUAUUAUUUGUAAGAGUUAUACCGCAAAAUUGGAAUUUUUCAUUUUAAUG